UACACGUAAGAAAAAGGAGAAACACAACCAUGACUUUUCUUCGAAGGUUUGCGACUAGGCACUGCUCUCUCUCCCGCUGCUUGGGUGCUCUAUCCCCGGCGUCUCUUGGAGCUCCAGGCUCGGUAACGUUACACCGGCUGGGUGUGGAAAAGCAGCCCAGCCGAGGACGCCCUUUCACUGGGCACAAUGACACACACACAAGCUGGCUACACACCGAGACGCCAGAGUCCGUAGAAGUGGAUCUAAAGCGACUAGAUGGGGAGGACACUGACAUACACACACGUCACCUCAUGGCUCAAAUCUAAUGUGACAACAUCAUCAACAUCUGGGCCUGUGCAGCUGCUUAUAUUGCAAAUGCAUAAACGAUAACACACACACACCACAUACAUACACAUGUCUGUCUUCUUGAGGCAGUACACGUGACUCUCUCUCUUUCUCUGUAGGUAUAGCUGAGGUGUUGAUGUGCCGUCAGAAGGCAAAGAACGCUCUGGGCCGUGUGUUUGUCUCUCAGAUGAGGGAGCUGGUGUCCUCUCUACACCAUGACUCAGCUGUGAGAGUGGUGGUCUUCAGGAGUCUGGUACAAGGGGUCUUCUGUGCAGGAGCUGAUCUGAAGGAGAGAGCUGGGAUGAACCACUCUGACUCUGAUCUGUUUGUUCACGGCCUGCGCUCACUCAUGACUGAGAUCGCCUUGUUGCCCAUGCCGACGGUUGCUGCGGUGGAUGGCUUCGCCCUUGGAGGGGGUCUGGAGCUGGCGCUCGCCUGUGACCUUCGUACAGCUGCCAACUCUGCACAGAUGGGUCUGAUUGAGACAACACGGGGGCUGCUCCCUGGGGCGGGGGGCAGUCAGAGGCUGCCCAGAGCGGUGGGCUUUGCCCUGGCCAAAGAGCUGAUCUUCACCGGCAGGAGAGUGGAUGGACAGAGGGCUGUGGACAUGGGGCUGGUCAACAGAGCUACCGAGCAGAAUCCAGACGGAGACGCUGCCUAUAGAGAGGCACUGAGUCUGGCUAGAGAGAUACUACCACAGGCUCCCAUUGCUGUGAGGAUGGCCAAGGAGGCUAUGAACAGAGGCAUGGAGGUGGACAUUACGUCAGGGAUGGCCAUAGAGAGGAUGUGUUAUGCCAGGGUGAUCCCGACAAGAGACAGACAGGAGGGGAUGGCUGCCUUUAUAGAGAAGAGACCCCCACGCUACACUGGAGAGUAACACAUGGAGACUGCUGUUGUGUGAUUGUACACAAACCUAAUUUUUAUUCCUUUAAUAAAAUGUUUUUCAACUGCA